AUGUCGACACAACCUCUUCUCCAGACAGUUCCAGGCAAACGGAUCGCCCUCCCCACUCGCGUCGAGCCCAAAGUCUUCUUCGCCAACGAACGAACAUUUCUCUCAUGGCUCAACUUCACCGUCAUCCUCGGCGGUCUCGCCAUCGGUCUCCUCAACUUUGGUGAUCGCGUUGGCCGCAUCUCCGCCGGCCUCUUCACCAUCAUCGCCAUGGCAGCCAUGAUCUAUGCACUAUUCACUUUCCACUGGCGGGCCCAGAGUAUUCGGAAACGUGGACAGAGCGGUUUCGACGAUCGAUUUGGUCCUUCGUUGCUUGCGAUUUCAUUGUUGGCUGCUGUCAUUGUCAACUUUGUGCUCAGAAUUCGGGAGACAAAUAAGGCCUAG